UACCACGAUGUCUGACAGUAGCUCAGCUCAGAUCCUCCCUCAAGGAGCCGGGUACGGCGUCGUUGUUGGGAUAGGGUUCUUCUUCGCUCUCGUCAUGAGCGGUGUAUCCUUCCUACAAAACAAAUAUACCGCAUAUUCAACCCUCGCAUCCGAAGAGUUCAAUACCGCUAGCCGCAAUGUCAAAGCCGGACUGAUUGCUAGUGGUGUGGUCUCCGCAUGGACAUGGGCUGCGACUCUGCUGCAGAGCUCAACGGUGGCUUACGAAUACGGCAUCUCUGGACCAUUCUGGGUAUACGCGGCUGGUGCUACCGUUCAGAUUUUCAUGUUUACAGUGCUGGCUUGCAAGGUUAAGCAGAAUGCUCCUCGCUGCCAUACCUUCCUCGAGAUUGUUUACGCGCGAUACGGUGCGGCCACUCACAUCAUCUUCAUAUGUUUCGCCCUUGCAACCAACAUCCUCGUGGCAUCACAAUUGCUUCUUGGAGGAAGCGCAGUGGUCACUUCGUUGACGGGUAUGAACGUCUACGCAGCAUGCUGGCUCAUCCCGCUCGGGGUCUGCGUGUACGUUGUUUUGGGUGGUCUCCGCGCUACAUUCCUGUGUGACUUCUCACAUACGAUCAUCGUCAUGAUAGUCAUCUUGUACUUCAUGUUCUCUGUGUACGCUUCGAAUGAUACUAUCGGGUCGCCAAGAGCGAUGUAUGACCUUUUAGUGCAGGCAGCGCGGGAGCGACCAGUCGUAGGGAACCAAGGUGGUUCGUACUUGACGCUAAAGUCCAACUACGGCCUCAUUUUCGGUGUCAUCCAACUUUGUUCUGGGAUGGGCACCGUCUUCUUGGACCAGGGUUACUGGCAACGUGCUAUUGCAUCAAGGCCUACCACUGCCGUUAAAGCAUACAUACUUGGCGGCUUCGCGUGGUUCGCAAUCCCUUUCGGCUUCGCCACCACUCUAGGGCUCGCAGCUGUCGCUCUGACUUCAAACCCCAACUAUCCGACCUAUCCGAACCAGAUGACGAACUCCCAAAUCCAAGCAGGUCUCGCAGCCCCUUUCGCAGCGCAGACGCUCCUGGGGAAGAGCGGCGCCAUCGCUCUCCUGCUCACCCUCUUCAUGGCCGUCACCUCAUCGUCGUCAUCGGAACUUAUUGCAGUAUCUUCAAUCCUCACCUUCGACAUCUACAAGACGUACAUCAAACCCACUGCCUCGCCUGACCAACUCAUCUUCGUCUCCCAUGUUAUGAUCUGCGUCUUCGGCGUCGUGAUGGCCGGCUUCGCGAGUAUCUGGAACGCUGUUGGCAUCAACCUCGGCUGGCUCUUCCUGGUGAUGGGCCUUAUCAUUGGGGGCGCAGUAUUUCCCGCUGCAUUCACGGUCACUUGGAAAGGGCAAACUCGUCUGGGCGCUGUAUCCGGAUGUCUUGUUGGCCUCGCCGCUGGCUUGACCGCAUGGCUCGUCCAAGCGAAGGUCCAGUAUGGCGAGCUGACUGUUGCGACGACCGGAGCUUCAUACCCUACGUUGGCGGGCAACAUGGCGGGUGUACUGACGGGCCUGAUGGUUUCGCCCAUCGUAUCUUGGAUCAAGCCGGACAACUUCGAUUGGGAAGCUACGAGGGCGAUCAACGCAAAGGUUAUUGAAGGCGAAGGCGUAGCCCCACCGGCCUCGUCACCGGGCGUCUCGGUCGACGACGAAGCCAAGGAGAAAGACAUCUCCUCUCCAUCAUCCAGCGCUAUCAAUGCAGACGACCAGUCACCGGCCGCCUCCUCACCAGCCAAGACACACGACCAACUGCCCACUGUCGUCGAGGAAGACAGAGAAAUGGCCGAAGACCAAGCCUACCUUGAAAAUCCCAAAGCGCUCCGGCGCUCCUACCUCACCGCACUCUUCCUGUCCACCGUCCUGUCCUUCAUCAUGUGCUUCCUUGUUCCUAUUCCCAUGUUCCUUUCGCAUUACGUAUACUCCGAGAAGGGCUUUACUGCUUGGGUUGCCAUCAGUUUUAUUUGGGUUUUUGCUGCAUUGGCCAUUUGCGGAAUUCUGCCGGUUUGGGAGACGAAGCGGUUCUGGGUGCUGCUUGGGAAGCAGAUUUGGGGCAAGGGGGGCCCUAGGGCGUAG